CGCGAUAUCCUGUGUACAUCGUACUGUUAUUUAUACAUAAUAUUCUAAUAUUCAAAAUCGAAUUUUUAAAAUAAUAUUAUUUACUAAUUUUUUAUUCGUUGUAUUAUUAUUAUACGGUUUUCUGCCAGUGCGUGCUCACCACACGCCGCAAAAAAACCGUUUGCCGGCGACCCGGCGGUGUGCCCAAGUAAUCGUUUUUUUAUUCCGGGCGUGCUUUUAAAAUUACGGUUUUUUUCAAAAAAUUUUAUAUUUCCCGGCAGCCAAAAUGGUUCACGUAUUGAGGCCAUCCGAACCGUCCAACUAUUCGUAUAUGUUCGAUUUCGAGGAAAAUUACGAUUACUUUUCGACUCGACAAUGGUUGAUCACCAACUGGACUUGCAGCUUGUAUUUUUGCAUCAUAUACGUAAUUCUGGUGUUCGGCAUCCAACGGCUGAUGCGCAAAUAUACCAGAUUCCAGCUCAAGGGACCACUGAUUCUUUGGAACAUAAUGUUAGCCACAUUCAGUUUGGUCGGGCUCUCCCGAACGGCGCCUGAACUUUUUCGUGUGCUUAACAAACAUGGUCUACACCAUUCGGUGUGUUCCAUAAGGUAAAUCCACCUACAAGUUUCGUUCUUCUACUCGCUACGCGUCCCAUCUGACAGUUAACCCCCGCCCUUUAUUUUAUGAAAAUCGGAUGUAACAAUAAUAAUGUUUAUUUAACAAAUCGAUUUAAAUACAUACGAAUAGAUAAUUAAUACAAAUAAAACAAUUUAUGAUUAAUUUGUAAUUUGUAAUAUGCAUAGUUUGUGACAGAGAGUUUUACAUGAGUUCAAAUUAAAGACAAUGUUAAAUGUUAUAAUAAUACUAAGUUUACAUAGAGUAAAAUUAUUAACUAUAAAUUCAAUGGUAUGAAAUAGACAUUUAUUAUGGACAAUUACAUUCAUUUAACAUUCAUAUUUUAGAUUCGGAGCGCAGCGAAGAAUGUAUUGGUUUUACAAUGAUGUUUAUUUUUUUUUUUUUCUAUCAUUGGGCAACUUUUCUACCACAAAUCUUGCUUUGUUGUAUUAUGUGUAGCCCCUUUUCUGGAAUGAAUUUUUAUCUUGUUGGUACUUUAAAGAGAUCAUUUUUUUGAUUUUCCAGGCGAUUUUCAUAAAAAUUUGGAAAAGCUUAUGAAAAACAGAAAAUACAUGUACAUAUAUAAGAGAAAAUUUGCUCCAAAUCAUUUUUCAUUAGGAAUGGUUUAUCGUUGGGUACACAUAUAAAUUAAAUUUCCCUUCCUUUCCAACUUCUAAUUUAUAACAGCGGACCACUCAACGCGCAGAAUAUGUGCAUCUUUUUGAAGUUUUAAACAUUAAUUUUUAGUAAUUGGCAUAAUUUAAUUGCUAAUGAAAUAAUGUUUUACACACAAAAAUUAUGUUGGAAUAGCGUCACAUCUAAAUCAAUAUUUACUUUGAAACGUAUAUUGUUUUAACGUGUGCGUAUUAUGUGAAAUCGAUUUGAUACAGAUAUGCAUAAAAGUAUAAAAUUACUAACAACAAUCAUAACAACGCACUCUUAAAACAAAAAUUCUUAUUACAAAGUAAAUCAAUAAUGGAAUAUAUAAAAAUAAUGAAUUAAAAUUAUUUUUUAGUUAAGUUGAGUACAUAAACGAAAAUGUAAAUGCACUCAUUAAUACAUGAAAUAUUUGAUACAUGAAAUACUUGAUAUACGUAAAUAGUAUGAUAUAUUUGAAACCAAAAAACCAAGCCGUAGUUAACAAUGGGUAUUGUACCGUGGAUAAAUAAAUCAAAUGCUUCAUAUUAAUAUUGAUUAUAUAAUGCAAAUAACAAAAUACACGAAACAAUUUUCUGAGGAUAUUAAAGAAAUUAAUUACAGGAUACAUGUAACCGAAAUAUUUCAAAAUUUCACAUAGUUGUAUUGUUAUUAUCAUAGCUUGCCUACAUUUAGUUAUCAUUUAGUAAAUGGUCAAGAACACGCACCUCAACACGAUAUGAUGAGAUUAAAUUAAUUUAAACGGAAAAUAGAAAAAUAUUAUAUGAACCUACGCUGAUCUCCGAAACUAAUAAAUACGGGUGAAGUAAAAACAUGGUUUAAACCGGUUGUACAAUACGAUAGCAUACGAGUUUUCUAAAAUUAUAAAGGACGGAAUAGGUUGUUUGGGGGUGCCUUUCGUAAAAUGAAUAUGUAUUAUUUUUAUAGUUUCCUUUAACUGGUACUUUUGUAAAUUUUACAAAAAUUUUGUUGGAGCUGUGUUUUAUUUGCCUUUCUUCUUGUCACCCAAUGCUAUUGCAACCACGUGCUGUAAGUCUUCUUAUACAACCGUUUAAAUUUGUUUAGUAUUCCAUAUAAUAAUAGUUUUACGUUCUUUCUAUCGUCUGUUUUCAGCAACUUCGAGGACGAUCAGGUAUCCGGUUUCUGGUCCUGGGUUUUCAUGCUGUCCAAAGUGCUCGAACUGGGUGACACCAUUUUUAUUGUACUCCGCAAACAACCUCUGUUAUUUCUCCACUGGUACCAUCACAUCACCGUACUUCUGUACUCGUGGUUCUCAUACUACGAACAAACGUCAACUGUUCGAUGGUUCAUCGUCAUGAACUACUUAGUGCACACGAUGAUGUACACAUACUAUGCAGUCCGGGCAAUAGGCUACAGGCCACCCAUCCUAGUGUCCAUAUUUAUCACGGCCAGCCAGUUGACGCAGAUGGUUGUCGGGUGCUAUAUUAACUACAUCACGUACGGUUACUUGAAGUCUGGUGGCUCGGAGUCAUGCCAGGUGUCCAUGCUGAACAUCUUUUUGUCAUUUGUCAUGUACUUCAGUUUCUUUGUGUUGUUCGCCGAGUUCUUUUACAACGCGUACAUCCUGAAGUCCAAGAGUGGUAGUGGUGGUGUUAUGAAAAAGACAUCGAAACAACAUUGAUGAACUGUGGCCAAUGGCAGCUCGGCGCAGUAUAUUUGAAUCAUGUGAUCCACAAAAGAAUAAGUGGGUCAUAAUGGUUGAUUGUCCGAUUAUGCGUUUAAAAUUAUAACACACAUUAUUAAGAUUGUACAAAAUAAAAUUGAAUAAAAAUUUUGAUUCUUGUUUUUUUUAUAAAAAAAAAAUUGUUCUUUUCUAUUUUAGUGUUUUUAAUAAUUGUGUAAACAUCGAUAGCAUUAUUUUGUGUAUUAUUAUUUUCUUGUUGCUUUUACACUCUAUACGAUGAAAUGAAUGAUGAUGGCUCUAGGCUCCUAGUCUUGAUCUUUUCAAAUCGAGGCCCCUUAACGUGUACAAAAAUCAUUCGUUCGACCGUGAAGUAUUCGAUGGUCAGUAUGGUCGAUUGAGUGUAGAUAUUUUGU